UUGAACUAAUCACACAGGUACUGUUAUCAGAUUUUGUACGAGCGGUGUAAGAAGCAAAAUGGAGCAACAACAGAAUAUUUUCCUUAAGAAGACAUUUGUAGCCAUAACCGGCGCCAGCAAAGGAUUAGGAAGAUGUAUAGCACUACAGUUUGCGGCCAAGUUCCCUGUCAAUACUGUCUUUGUACUCAUGGCAAGGAAUGAGCAGGCAUUGGAAAAUGUCAAGUCAGAAAUAACGUCCAAGACACCAAAUGUCACUGUUCUGGUACAACAAUAUGAUCAGGGCAGCGUAGGAAAAGAUUAUUUCAAAGAUAUAUUCAACGAAAUUUUGUCAGGAAACAACCUUUCGGAAAAUGACUUCGAGCAAUUUAUGAUCGUUCAUAAUUGUGCUACUGCCACUGAUGGGUCAAAGAGAUCUUUGGAAUUGUGUGACUCUGUGGAGGUGAGGAGUAACUUCGACAUCAACCUGACAGGGAUGAUCCUACUCAACACCAGCUUCUUCCAGACAUUCUCUGAUUCCAAGAAAUCUCGGGUGGUGGUCAAUAUGUCAUCAAUAAGUGGUUCAGCCCCUAUGACAUGUUUGCAUCUUUACUGUGCAGGUAAGGCUGCCAGGGACAUGUAUAUGCGCGUGUUGGCCGCAGAGGAACCAUCAAUACGGAUACUGACGUUUGCUCCUGGUGUUGUGGAUACGGACAUGCUGAAAGGAGUCGAGAGGGGCUGUACUGAUGACGCCAUGGUUGCGAUGUUGAAACAAUUCCGAGAGGGUGGUAAAGUUACGCUUCCAGAGAUCCCAAUUUCCAAACUUGUGGAGAUACUGGAGGCAAAUACGUUUGAAAACGCUGUUUUUACCGAGAGCGACACAUUAUUUUAACUAUUUUUACUUGUGGAUAUUGACAGUGUUUUUAUAAUACCGUGAAUGAUGAACGAACUUCCCGUGCCUUAAGAGAUUAUUCAAGGUUUCGAGUGGUAACCACAUUCAGAAGUUUAAAAAGCACAUACAAACAUCACUUUUCUUCUUCCUGAUCCAUCAAAUGAAGAUUCUAGUGAAUAGCCAUUCCUUAUUGUAAGGUAGACAUAUUGGUUUUGUAUUGUUGUAAUCAAUUUGAAGUACGUUGAUAUGCCUCGUCAAGCAAUUUACAAUAAAUCGUAUUAGAUGAAAUAU